GUGGCGAUCAUGGCAAGUUAGAAGUUUCCUGACUCCUCUUGGAGGAGACUCCGGGACCCCGGGGAGUAACAAGUGUCUGGAGGUCCGAAGGGUGGAGGGGUUGUGGGAUUCGGGGUUCGCUCGUGGGACUCCCCUCCACCCUCCUCUGGCGCACCCGCCCACCCCCGUACCCCCUUCUUUCCACGUCCUUGGAAAAUGGUGUCCAAGCUGACGUCGUUGCAGCAAGAACUCCUGAGCGCCCUGCUGAGCUCCGGGGUCACCAAGGAGGUGCUGGUCCAGGCCUUGGAGGAGUUGCUGCCUUCCCCGAACUUCGGGGUGAAGCUGGAGACGCUGCCGCUGUCCCCCGGGAGCGGGGCUGAACCCGAUACUAAGCCGGUCUUCCACACUCUCACCAACGGCCACUCCAAGGGCCGCUUGUCCGGGGACGAGGGCUCCGAGGACGGCGACGACUAUGACACCCCUCCGAUCCUCAAGGAACUGCAGGCACUCAAUACCGAGGAGGCAGCCGAGCAGAGGGCCGAGGUGGAUCGGAUGCUCAGCGAGGACCCUUGGAGAGCGGCCAAGAUGAUCAAGGGCUACAUGCAGCAGCACAACAUCCCGCAGAGGGAGGUGGUAGACGUCACGGGCCUGAACCAGUCCCAUCUCUCCCAGCAUCUCAACAAGGGUACCCCCAUGAAGACGCAGAAGCGUGCCGCCCUGUACACCUGGUACGUCAGAAAGCAGCGGGAGAUCCUCCGACAAUUCAACCAGACAGUCCAGAGUUCUGGAAAUAUGCCAGACAAAAGCAGUCAGGAUCAGCUGCUGUUUCUCUUUCCAGAGUUCAGUCAGCAGAGCCAGGGGCCCGGGCAGUCCGAGGACGCCUGCUCCGAGCCCAGCAAUAAGAAGAUGCGCCGUAACCGCUUCAAGUGGGGGCCCGCAUCCCAGCAAAUCUUGUACCAGGCCUACGACCGGCAAAAGAAUCCGAGCAAGGAGGAGAGGGAGGCCUUAGUGGAGGAGUGCAACAGGGCGGAGUGCUUGCAACGAGGUGUGUCCCCCUCCAAGGCCCACGGCCUGGGCUCCAACUUGGUCACGGAGGUCCGCGUCUACAACUGGUUUGCAAACCGCAGGAAGGAGGAGGCCUUCCGGCAAAAGCUGGCCAUGGACGCUUACAGCUCCAACCAGUCGCACAGCCUGAACCCCCUGCUGGCCCAUGGCUCUCCCCAUCACCAGCCCAGUGCCUCUCCUCCGAACAAGCUGUCAGGAGUGCGCUACAGCCAGCAAGGAAACAAUGAGGUCACUUCCUCUUCAACAAUCAGUCACCAUGGCAACAGCGCCAUGGUGACCAGCCAGUCGGUUUUACAGCAAGUCUCCCCAGCCAGCCUGGACCCCAGCCACAAUCUCCUCUCACCUGAUGGUAAAAUGAUCUCGGUCUCAGGAGGAGGCCUGCCCCCUGUCAGCACCUUGACAAACAUCCACAGCCUCUCCCACCAUAACCCCCAGCAGUCUCAGAACCUCAUCAUGACCCCCCUGUCCGGAGUCAUGGCCAUUGCACAAAGCCUCAACUCCUCGCAAGCCCAGAGCGUGCCUGUCAUCAAUAGCGUGGCCGGCAGCCUGGCGGCCCUGCAGCCCGUGCAGUUCUCCCAGCAGCUGCACAGCCCUCACCAGCAGCCCCUCAUGCAGCAGAGCCCUAGCAGCCACAUGGCCCAGCAGCCCUUCAUGGCCGCUGUGACUCAGCUACAAAACUCACACAUGUACGCGCACAAGCAGGAACCCCCCCAGUAUUCCCACACCUCCAGGUUUCCAUCUGCAAUGGUGGUCACAGAUACCAGCAGCAUCAGUACGCUCACCAAUAUGUCUUCCAGCAAACAGUGUCCCCUGCAAGCCUGGUGAUGCCCACACACCGCUUACUUUGUGCCCAGCAACAAGGACCCUGGUUUCCACAGUCACCCCCUGGGCAGCUGUCAUGGACAAGCCCCGUGACCUGACGAGCACGCGCGAGAGGUCCCCGCUUACCUGACGUCCAGCCAGCGCCUUGGACAACUGCCCUCAGGAGGCGCCGCCCGAAGCCCAGCUUCCCUACUAUGCAGUAUUGUCCUGAUGCCUCUCCCGGGUGCCGAGUGCUCCGGUCUGCCCCGAUGCAGGAGCCAGGAGCCACGGAAGAGGAUGACAAAGUGGUCAUGCCAACCUUGUGAUCCUUCAGCGAACAAACUAAUGCGAAAACUUGAAUCUGUUACUGAAACGAGGGGAGGAGGACGCCCACUGUUGAACUGAGCCAGACACACUGUAAAUAGCCACAGACACCCUGUCCUGCCCCCCAUCCCAAGUGAUCCUGAGAUUUCUUUUAAAGAAGUAAAUUUGUCCAAUGGGUGUAAACUGUAAACUACUGGAAUGAAGUGCAAUUUCCCUCCUCGUUGCUCCCCUCUGCUCUGUAUAUAAUACUAAAGUGUCUACUAGUUUUCUUUGUAAAGGUCAGAGUUGAAAUUUCUAAAGUGAUUGACACCCCUCCC